UAGGUGAUUAUUUAAUAUUUGUUUAAUGUAUGGCUGAUAUUUAGAAACCCAUUAACAACCACUGGGUUGGAGCAGUUUUCGAUAAGUGUCUAUUGGCCAAGAACAUACACGGUCACAUUAUUAGCGAUGUCAUUACAAUAUAAACACACAUUAUAGCGUCGUUUAGUGGACACUUCUGACAAUAUGAAUAUAAUACAAUCACGUAUUUCCGGCUUUGUACCUACAGGGGAAGUAAUCUGCACAAGAACCAGUUGUAGAUAGUAAUUAAUAUUUGACAGCCGUCUCUGUGGCGCAAUCGGUUAGCGCGUUCGGCUGUUAACCGAAAGGUUGGUGGUUCGAGCCCACCCAGGGACGCAACUUUUAACCACGAAAAACAAUUUUAAAAAUACUUGUCAAUCUAAUAAUAAAUUUUGUUUGUCUCUCCGAUUACUUUACCGAACACUUAAAAAUAUUUCAAUUUAAGCUUUAUCUAAAAAUUGGCCGAAAAAGACUUGCCGCAUGUUUAACUUUCAACCAUUUUAAUCCAGGCUGCGUAAACGGGAAGUAUGGCGCCGAUUGCCUGCAAGAAUGCCAUUGUAAACGCCCGGAUCUGUGUAAUAGAUUUACAGGGAGCUGUACUAUGGGUUGUGGGAGGGGUUGGAAAGGAUCGUCGUGCCAGACGCCUUGUGAGCCUGGAACAUGGGGGGAGAACUGUAUAAACCAAUGUAAUUGCUUCAAUGACGAACCAUGCGAUGGAACAGACGGACAGUGCGCAUCAGGUCGAUGCAAACCUCCUUUUACUGGAAGCAGUUGCCAGGUUGACUCUAUCGACGAAUGCGAGUCCAACCCAUGCCAACACGGUGGUACCUGCAAUGAUAAAGUGUUCGCUUAUGAAUGCAAAUGCAUUAACGGGACAGAUGGCGUUAACUGCGAAACUGAUUACGACGAGUGUUUGGAAGAGCCUUGUCUAAACGGUGGCGAAUGCACUGACACUGGCCCUGCAAGUUUCCGUUGUCACUGUGAUAGUGGGUACGAAGGUGACAGAUGUGAAAUCGACAGCGACGAUUGCCAAGGGCACAAGUGCGUCAAUGGAGAAUGCGUGGAUAAACUUAGAACCUAUGAAUGCAAGUGCAAUGCUGGUUACGAAGGAAGAUACUGUGAAACUCUGUGCAAAAUUGGAACGUUCUUCCACGAAGAAUAUACGGCGUGUCAACUUUGCCCUAAACAUCACUACCAAGAUAAAGAAGGACAAAAUUUCUGCACGCCGUGUGUUCAAGGUUCAAAAACCAACUCUGAGGGCUCAAAAAGUCAAUCCGAUUGUGUCCAUCUGCCAGCUAACGGUAUGUCCCUCGUCGUAGUAGCUGGUGUAUUAGUCGGUAUUCUGGUUGUUGUGGCCGCUGGUAUAGGCGGAUGGUAUUACUGGAACCAAAAAAGCAAGACGAGACUGGAACACCUCGGUCCAGGCAGAAUGGUGUGGUGACGUCAUUAUUCUACGACGUCAUUAAAUCAAAUGGCGUCUUGGAACCGACGAACAUAAAAAAUACUUAUGCCAGACGUUAUGCUUAUAUGUUGUGUAAUCGUCGUUUGAAACUGAAUAAAUAAUCGCGAAAUAUUCUCUGACUAUCAUAGCAAACAAAAUGUAUUGCAGUCCGAAAUAAGAAAAGAAAUU